AUGGGUCUAUUAUCGAUUUUCAAAAGUAGUCCUUCAUCAUCAUCAUCGUCAAAACAAACAAUACACAAUUCAACUACAACUACAAAAAGCAAUGUGCUGUCGCCUUCAAAUCAGAUUCAACCUGAUCGACCAUUCACGCCAAACCCCAAACUUGCUCCCUAUCCACCAAACUCUGAUCACGACUUCACUCCUACGUCCUCCAAAUUGUCCAGACCAACUAUACCACCGCCAUCACCUUCAACAAGCUCCAUAAGUUCCAGAAUCAAACCCUGGAAAAAGGAUAAAGACAAAAGUAAAUCCAAAAAAAAGGAAAUCGCACACGAAGACUCCAUUGGGACACCAUAUGAAUCAAAUUCAACUUCACCUCCCACUAAGUCAGGAUCAUUACCUGACACACCUAAAAUAAAUCGUAAAUCAACUUUUGAUAUACCUGUACCAAACUCGUCAUCACCGUUGAUAAAUUCAAUUUCAUUACGCGAUGAUCAUGGCCUUUCAGAACAUCUGAUCGACGAAGAUAGAUCAGAUCACGGCCGAUCUGAUUCGGGGAAGACCAGGAAAGAUAGAGUAACAAGUGGACAAUUUAGACAAGUUGGUGGUAUAUUAGGUCAACUGAAUUUCGAAGUUUCCAACACUUUAGCAACUUCACCUUCAAAGCAGGUCUUACCGGACAAACCUGAAGAGUUGAUAUCUGAUGGAAUCAGGCCCUCUGAGACGAACGAGUCACUUGUUCUCAUAGACCGAGAUGAUUUACCAUCACCGCCUACUCAUGUGGUAGAUGGAUAUCGGCAGGACAUAAUUCAAGCAAGUACAAGUAGUCAUGGUCAUGGCAUGGUAGAUGGAGAAGAGAACAGGGUCGAAUUACUGGAAUCCGCUGAAAAAAAGAAUAAGUUCUGGAAGAGACCAAGGAGAUCAAGUAAAACCACUGUUGAUUCACCUGAAAUAGACAGAUCUGGCUCGCCUACCCCUAGAAAAUCUUCUUCUCAUAACGACACUUCAGUCGAUUUGAUCUCAGCUCGUCAAUCACUUGAUGAAACCCAAAGUCUAGCACAGCCUAGGCCUCAGCAACUACGUAGACCUUCUUCCUCAUUUUUCCACAACCAUAACCCAUUCACGCGAUCUGUAUCACGAACAUCCCUCGCACUAGAUAUUGAUGGCCAUAACACCAAGAUUGACGACGGUUCUUUCCAACUAAAAGGGUUUAGACAUGUCUCUGGGAUGAUGGAAAUCGAAGGUCCAGGAGAGUUAGAAAGUUAUGUUACUCAUAUCAAGAAAGAGCCUAAUACAAGAUCACCAAUCUCUUCAUCAGAUAUAUUGACUUCACCUGUUAGCAUCAGCGACAACGAUCUUCCCCUACCUGUACCUAGUCCACCAGUAUCACACACAUCUAAUCAUAUUCCACUAUCAAGACCUACAAGUAUAUCCCAUUCGCUCGCUUCAGUCUCGGCCAUAACGGACGAAAAUCUCAUUCCGACGAACAAAGUUUCAUUGGCUGCUUUCCGUAGAGGUAUCAGAAGGCCAAGUGAAGUCUUCUCCUCCACAGCUAUGACUGCAAGUGAUUCGGGUCAUUACACAUCACCUCACAACCCACAGUUACCUCUGCAUCACAAUGACUACGAUGAUGAUGAUACACCACUCGGAAUGAUUGUGAGGAGGGAGCAGAGUUCACAAUCGCUAUCAAGUCUAAGAGGCAAUAAUCCGAUAAUGCCGAGAUCCGGUGAUGCGAAACCCAUUACUAUGUUUAAUAUUACCGAAAGGAUAUCUUCUCCUGCCCUGAACGAGUCUGGAACGGGUCUCGCGAUGCCCAGUGGAGAACAACAACUCAUUCCUGGACUUAUAGAUCGCAAAGAUACCACCAGUCCUAGUAUAGUCGAAGGAAAAUACAUACCCACGCCUAGUCCUAAUCUCUCUUCUAACGAUAUAACCCGUAGAGGUAGUCCCAAUUCAGGACUGGGUCAAGAUAUUCCUCGAAAAUCAAGCCCAAAUCCCGGGCUCAGUUUCACUGUUCAACGGCAAAAACAGAGACAUCAGAGGAACGGUGGUGGAUCAGGUGGAUUCGUAGUGAAAAGUGCUAGAUUGUCAAGGGACGACCUGAUACCAAAGACUACAGUUGGUCAAGUAGGCGAAACAAGACCAGAGUUAAAUACCCCUCCUGUAUCUGAUCUAUCUACUCCUAAUCCUGCAGAAUAUAUCUCGCCACAAAUGGUCACAUGUCAAGAGGAAUUCGAACCUAUCGAUGGGUAUUUCUCCCACUUAGCCCCUUUGAUACCUGACCAAUACACUCACACAAUCUCCGAACCGUCCAAUCGCUCUAAACCCUCAACAAACGUGGGUGUUGUUCGAACUGCCAGUCCAGCUCAUGCCCCUGGACCUCCAAUCGAAUCACUGUCUCUUCCUCAACCGGGUGAGAAAACCCCUGGAUCCUUGAAUCUUCCUCUUCCGCCCGAUCAGAUGCCCAACACUCCCCCUAAGCGACCUUCAGACCUUCCCAGCGCAGCUAACAGCACUUCGCCCAAUGCGAAAAAGAGAUUGUCGUUGCUCGAGGAUCCUAUUCGAGUCAUCUCUGGAUUAUGGGGAUCACCACCUCCCACUGAAGACGCGUUCGAUCCUGAUUUUGUUGUAUCCUCGAUGAACGUUUUAGGGGGAGAUAUGUCACCCAUACAAAGUACACAAGGAAGGGAGAAAACACCUCCCCCGGCACUGGAUGACGUCGCGAUCGGUAGCCUGGAUGUCGGGGAGAAAAUCAGAUCACCUUUAGCAGAACGAUUGGCAGGAAUAGCUCAGAGCACAAGUAUAGUUAAUCUCUCCAAAACUUCCUUGACUAAAUUGCGGAUAGAAGACGAUUAUGCAACGGAGAUAAUCAAAUCACCUAUGUCAGAUCCAACUUCAUCUCCUACAAAUAAAGCUGCUCCUAUUCCUGCUAACAAGGAAAACUUUGCAUCAAGCUUUGCUAGAGCCAAAAGGCCAUCAGAAUCGCAAGCCAAAUUGCAAGAAAUGGAAAGUGACGAAAGUGAAGGUGAAACUGUGGAAAGUUCAAGUACUGCUCCUCAAGCUAGGAUCGGUUCCAAAAUAAGAGCUGAAACAUCAGGUAGAAAGGUACCUCACGGCCCAAGGAAACCUUCUAUUGUAAAUAGAAAGCGAAUCACAUCGAUACAAAGUACCGCAUCCGCCUCUUCACAGUCUCAUCCUUCGUCAGAUCUCAAACGGACUCAGGGCGAAGGUGACGACGAACCAUUGGGUACACUGCCAAAGAAACCUUCACAAAGUCCUUUAGCUACAAAGACAAAUGGAUAUCCAUCAUCUCAAAUAAGGGCCCUACAAAGAUCUGAAAGCUAUAAUAAAACUUCACGAGUGAAUGGAAUGUCAACCUCUCCUGGAACUCAACGACCUAAAACUUUAAUUGAGAUAGGACCUACGACACAACCUCUCCGAGAUCGAUCUUCAGAUUCCAACUCCAACAAUCGAUCGUCUUCUUAUGAAACGAGAAGAAGCACGACUUCAUCACUUCAUAGUAGAGCUCAAACUCAUCAACGACAACCUUCACGUCCCCCUUCAGUAGACAGAACCAAAUCAACUACUCCCAGCGUACAGUCAAGAUCCCCUGCCAGGACGUUAAUCAAGCUUCCUAAUGAACGGGAAAGUGGCCCAAUGAGGAAAUCUGCAAGUCCAGAUAGUUCGAGAUCGGUCACUACAGGUGGAAGCAGUGGGAACUAUCAACCGCUGACUCCGAGAGAUAAUAGCGAAGCUAUCAGAAGGUUAAAUAAUAUCAACGAAAUCCCUAUCAAUAAUCGUCAGAAGCACACAAAGGAGGAUCCCAUUCAAGGAUUACAGCAUUCUGAUAGACAACGAUCCCACUCGGCUAUCGGACAAUCCCAGAAUCAAUCUCAGCCUCCAUGGAACAAUGGAUAUGAUCAGCAUCACUUCGGAAUGGGAAUGGGUAUGAUGCCGCCGCAGAUGAAUAUGGGUAUGGGUAUGGGAGGGAUGGACCCGGAAGCUAUACGUAAUAUGAUGAAACAACAGUGGCAAAUGCAAUUCAUGGCUGCAGCCUAUCGUGCCUCAGAGGAAGAAUGGGAAAAGGCUUCUGCUGUUUCUGGUCAAACGAAUCAUACAUUACCUGCUUCUUUCGGACAAGGUCAAACUCAGCAAAUUCAGCCUAUGUGGGGCAAUAUGAAUGUAAACAUGGGAAUGGGAAUGGGCCAGCAGUUUCCUAAUUCAUCCAGUAUAAUGAAUGGUGGCAGUAUGGGAUAUGGUUAUCCCCAAGGAGGAUUCCCACCUUAUGGGUAUCCAAUCCCACCACAAACCUCAGUUGGCGGCGGAGGAGGAGGAAUGUACUCUUAUGGAGUUGGUGCCCAAUCGGUUUUCGGAGGUGAAUUCGGACCACCAUCACAAAGAUUCAUACCUCAUGUACCUCCAAUGCCCUCCGACCCACAACAAAUGGUGAAUCCCAAUCCAGCGCGUAUCAAUCAUUCACGAGGUCGAAGAAGCUCAGCGACUAGAUCAGUUUAUACACCUUCGAACCUAGGAACAGCAACAGGUGAUGGUCAAAAUAGUCCGCCUCCACCUAGUAGUUGGGGUAAGAGGAAUAGUAUAGGUUCAGGUGAUUGGUCAAAUUUACCUCAAAAUCAAAAUCAAGACCAAAAUCAAGCUCAAAGUCAACAGGGAGCUGGAAGAAAAGGUAGACCACAAAGUCAAUUCAUCAAUUGA